AGAAGAAGAAGAAGAAGGAGAAGGAGGAGGAGGCUAUGAAGAUGGCGCCUCUCCUGAAGGCGGGCGGGUGUGCGAAAACAAGUGGAAAUGCGCCAAGAGAGGAGGCAUCUGCAAGUCAGAUGGUCUCGGCGUGUGCGAACGUGUCGAGAAAAAAUGCGGCGGAAAUGGCUGCUUCUGCUGCAUCAUGAAAAGAAUGAAAAAAUGCAAACAGAGGAGGUCGUGUCACAGAAAGGGAGGAAUUUGCAUGAAGAACUGCUACCACGAUGACAAGGUGAUUCCUGGGCUCUGCAACAAGGACUGCUCCUGCUGCGUCUUUCCAGAUGUUCUCAACGAUCAAGGAGGAGGCGCCAGCACUGCUUGCGUGCAGAAGAAACCCUGUCUUCACACCGGCGGAGAGUGCAAGGAGAACUGCCACGCAGACGAGGUUUUAGUGCCCGGAUUGUGCAAGAAGAAAUGCCGGUGUUGCGUCCCUGAAGAGAUAUUGGGGCAAGGAGGUGACACUGAUAUGGAUGCUGGAAGCCAAACUGACUGCGAGCAGAUGAAGCACUGCCUCGUGACUGGGGGACAGUGCAAGAUGAGUUGCAAGGAGGAAGAGGUGCCAGUGCCCGGUCUGUGCAAGAUGGACUGUCAGUGUUGUCUUCCAAAGGAUAUUCUUGAGCUUGAAGAAGAGGGCGGAGUGUCAGCUAAAGACUGCAAACAGAAGAAACGUUGCUUUAAUGCAGGGGGACUUUGCAAAACCGCCUGCUACUCUACGGAAGAAUUACUCCCUGGGCUGUGUCAGAAAGACUGCCAGUGUUGUGCUCCUGAAGGUGGAACUGAAGAACCGGGAGACACGGACGAGGCAGGAGGCACUGAAGACUGUGAGCAAAUCCAAUAUUGCCACAAUGCAGAGGGCAUUUGCAAAACCACCUGUCUCUCUUCGGAAGUGGCCCUGGCUGGGCUGUGCCGAAAGAAGUGCCAGUGUUGUGUGCCCGCAGCAUGCAACCCGAGGAGGCGCUGUCAAAAGGCCGGAGGAGAGUGCCUGAGGACUUGCCGCGAGGGAGACACCGUGCUUGAAGGCAGGUGCUUGGAGGGCUGCCUGUGCUGCGUGCCUGAAGAUGGAGAUGACGGAGAUGACGUUGAUGGUGGUGAGGAUGAUGGUGAUGACGAUGGUGAUGACAAUGGUGAUGAAGAUGUGGAUGGUGAUAAAGCAUGCAACCCGAGGAGACGCUGUCAAAAGGCCGGAGGAGAGUGCCUGAGGACUUGCCGCGAGGGAGACACCGUGCUUGAAGGCAGGUGCUUGGAGGGCUGCCUGUGCUGCGUGCCUGAAGAUGACGGAGAUGACGUUGAUGAUGGUGAUGAUGAUGGUGAUGACGAUGGUGAUGAAGAUGUGGAUGGUGAUAAAGCAUGCAACCCGAGGAGGCGCUGUCAAAAGGCCGGAGGAGAGUGCCUGAGGACUUGCCGCGAGGGAGACACCGUGCUUGAAGGCAGGUGCUUGGAGGGCUGCCUGUGCUGCGUGCCUGAAGUGGAAUUAACAGUAUGA